AUAUCUACUGUCUCGGUCAAAAAAGACAGCAAAACAAUUUUCGCUAUAGUGCGGAAAAUAUCUUACGACGCAACAGUGGACGUACAAUCAUUAAAUAAAAUAAAAAGAGAUAAUUACAUUUUUCAGGGUUACAAAAUUGUCUUCAAUUUCUUGUGGUUCGUACAUGAUACUAUUAUUGUAGCGACCGUUAAACACCCGUGAAACCGGUAUGUAGGUAAAUAAUAUUUUAUUUAUUAUAGUGAAGUACAAGUACAAAACCUUGUACGAUUCUACGUUCAGUCGGAUAGAGCCGAUAGAGUACUUGUACUUAACCUCUUUUCUGGGGUAGGUACCAGGUACCAUGAUAGAAAUAAUUAAAAUUAUUUCUCAUUAUCAUGUACGAAACUUACCACAGAAUCUAUUCCGUGCUAUCACCGUUUUCUAUAAAUGUAGAAGAGGCCAGAGCAGGCAACUGAUAUCGCCCGAAAAAUUACUCUGUACAGUCGAAUCAUGAAUCACGUAAAACCAGUGGCGGUGUGAUAUUCUUUGAAGCAGAUGCUUCAUGUAAAAAUCGGGGUGAGUACCUUAUACUUUAGGGAGCGCGUAAAAUAUCCGAACAAUAUUUUAUCAGAAAUGAGUACGAUCAAAAACAUAUUUUAUGCAUAUUUCGUCAGAAAAGUAUUUUGCCGAAAAAUAUAUCGUCCGAACGUAUUUUACUUGAAAAUAUUUCAUUCGAACAAUAAUUAGUCGAAAAUAUAUUGUCUGAAAAAUAUAUUAUCCGAACUGUAUUAUGUCCAAAAAAUAAUUAAGUCGAAAAUAUUUUAUCCGAACCAUAUUUUAGACGACAAUAUUCGUUCUUAUCACAAAAACAGUGUGUUAGAAAGAGAUAUGGAAUUCUCGUUAUUGUGGUAAGAUAACGAAUAUUUUCAAUCACGAAUUAAGAUAUAUCUUAAUUCGUGUUUUCGACCGAUUUAUUUUUCGAUUAAAUUGCGUAAAUAUUUUUCGUAUUUAUUACUUUUUGGAUAAAAUAUAUUUCUAUUGAAAUAUUUUUGGGAUACUAUAUUUUCGGACUCUUAAAAAUGAUGAGAAAAACAAAAAAUAAUAUCUCACAGUAACCGAAAAAAUGUAAAUUAUUCCAAAUAAUAAUUUAAUAUCACUCUGAUUUACAAUGAUAGCACUUUUUCUGAAAGUAAAUCCGACCGGGAAGGUACUUUAAGGAUGUAAUUUUUCGAUUUUUCCAAGAGUUUUCUAAGUAGAUUUGAUGAUACUGGAAAAACAGGAAAAUAGGUACGAUAUUAAACAAAUAUUAUUAAAGAAAAUAUAUAAUGCCUAUUUAAUUAUUUUACCAUAAUAUGAUAUAUAUAUUGUUGACAAAUCAUUACCAUCAACUGAACUGCCCUCGUUUUUUCGUUAGCAAUGGUUAAUCGUUGCUUACAGAUACCUUAAAUUACCUAUGCCAGUGGUUGCAUCUAUUUCCAUUAUCCUAGGACAUCUUAUUUUAAUGGUACUUAAAUUAAAAGUAUUUCUUUGGAUUAUAUUAUAGCUAUUAUUGAGCUCGUGUUGAUAAUUAUACUUAUUUAAUGGAAUACGGUUCAAGCCUAUAGAAUAUUGAAUUAAAAAAUUAUUUUUUUUUUAGAAUAAGGGUGAUUAGAAUCAUAUGGUAUUAUAUAAUCUGUUUGUGUAGGUUUCUUGUAAAUACUAAAAUAAAUUGAAUUGUUUAUUAUGGAAACUGUAAGAUCUAAGAAAUUUCAUUAAUUAUUUGUAUUGCGAGUGUAAAUUGAAUAUUUUUAAUUAUUUUGUUUAAGUAGUUAACUGAAUUUUCUGCUUGUCUAUUUGAACCUCUAAAUAAAUUGAACAUGUCAUCAACAUAUCUAUAAUAUUCUUUUAUAUAUGGAUUAUAUAUUUUGUUGUUAAUAAUAUUAUUGGUUUCAUAAUUUUGCAUGUAAAUUUCAGAUAAAAGAACAUUUAAAGGGAUAUUCAUAGCUUACUCAUCUUUUUUUGAAUACAAUUUGUUGUUAUAUUGGAAAUAGUUUUGAUUAAUAAUUACAUUCAUUGAUUAAAUAAUUUAUUGUACUUUGUAUUCAAUUUAUUACAAUAUAUAAGUUUAUUUUAAAAAAAAAAUUACUGUUUUGUGUUGAAUGGAAGUACAUACAUUUUUAACAUCAAGAGAAAUCAUUUUAUAAUCUAGCAUAAUAUUAAUUUUAUUAAUAUUAUCAAUAAAAUCAAGUAUUUUUUAUAGGAGUUUCAAUAUUAAUGUUUAAUUUUUCUUUUAUGAGAGAGUCUAAAUAAUUAGCAAGGUUAUGUAAGCUAGAGCAGUUUUUAAAUUAAGUAAUGGACAAAAUUGGAUUAUCUUGUUUAUGUAAUUUUAUGAAUGGAUGUAAGUGUGGAGCCUUUAUUUUGUAAUUCGAUUUCAAUAAUAUUUUCUUUUGAACUUAUGGUAUGAUUUCUUUUGAAUUUGUUAUCAGUUUAUUAAUUAAUUUAUUACAUUUUUUUAUUAUUUAGUUAUUCUUUUAUUUAUUUCAGAUUUAAACUUAACCAUUAUUUUUAUACUACAAUGUGGGGUUAAAUCAAAUUAUUUUUGUCUUGGUAUCUUGUGCUAAUGGUCCCAGAUUAUAAAUGGCCUGUAUAAAUUGGUUAUGAGUUGAAAAUUCUAAAAAAUUAAACAAUUAAUAUGUGUUAUUAUCAACUGUUAUCUAAUUUGCACAAUAAUCAAAUAUAUUAUUGUAUACAAUCUAAUGAGCUUUUCUAAGGUUUUAUAAGUAUUCUCAAUUCGGAAUGUCUACCUUAGUACCAUACUGUGUAAUGUGUUUUCUAUUAUAUGAAGUUAACUAAACUUGAGUUGUAUUAUUAAUUUAAUUUCGCUGGGGAAGUAUUAUGAAAACAAAUCCUUCACUGUCAAAUAUGAAAAAAAAAGUAUUAUAACAAUAUUAAUUAAUAGUAAUUUAAUAAUUUGUACUAUUUUAAGUCCAAGAACAUUUUGUAAAAAAUUGGAUUAAAAUUUAAUCAUUAGUUCAAAAUUUAAAUAAUUUUGUUAUUUAUUAGGGCAAUAUUUUUUGAACAUGAAAGUAGUGUAACUUUUAAUUAAUUUAAUUACAAGUCAAAUAACAAUUAUUUUUAUGUUUUUGUAUUACUGAAUUUUACUAUUGAUAUAUAUUUAGUUAAAUUUGAAGGAUUCAUAAAUAUUUAUACAAAUUAAGUGUAGUAAAUACUACCUAUAUUUAAGAUUUUAAAAACUUAUCUUGAUACAUUCUUCAAAAUAAUUUUAUACUAUAAAUGUUAAAAGGGGACUUUUACAUGUUUUAAAUUUUACAGGGGAAGCAAAAAAUCACCUAGGUUACUGGAAAAUAUAUUAUUUAUAUUUAUUCUAGUGAUAGUUGAUUAUGCCUAGAGUAACCUAUAGUUAAGUAUUUAAAAUCAAUUUAAUUUAACACACAUAAUUUUUUGUACUCCAUAAGUAUUUUCUUAGAUUUAAUAUCAUGAAUUCCAAAGGUGCUAAACGUAAGUUGUCUGAAAUAAUAUAAAUCUUGCACAGAUAUUAUAGGUAAAGAUGCAUUAGCCAUGAAAUCGUUGCAAAUCAUUUACAUGAACUUUCGUAUUUUGUGAACUUAUAAGUUAAACAAAAAUAUUAUAUGGAGUCGAAGAAUUUAUGUAGAACCAGAACUUCUAUAAAAGAAGUUACACUUAAACAUUAAAUGAAAAUUUUAUCAUUCAUUAAAAUAACGUUGUUUUUAUCGCUAAAAAUCUCAUUUCAACAUCAAAUGGCCCUACCUAUAGUAUCUAUAAAAAUACACACAGAUAUUUUGGAAAUUUUCAAUUUAUUUAUCUGUAAUAAUUUUGUUAUAAUAUAUAGAUAUUAAUCUGGUUAUCGAUAAUUAUUUGACAUAAUUUAAUAUAGGUAUGAUUUUUUGAUUUUUUCUUUUUAAUAUUUGUAACUAAAAGUCAGAUAAAUUAUUUAUUUCAAUAUUGUUUAUUGAAUAUUAAUUAAAACUCCUGGUAAUAAUAAUAUUUAUAAUUUAGAAAUUAUUAAAUAAAUAAUAGAUAUGAUACUGGGGAUGGGAGCAGCCACUGUUGUAGGUAAGUAGUUAGGUAGGUAGGAUACAUAAGGUUAUUUCAUUUAUAUUUGUAAGCAAUGAUAGACCAUUGCUUGACGAAAAACGAUUCCUAGCGCAGUACGGUAAUACAUAAUUUGAAGUGUCGUAAUUUUUUUUGCGAUUUUCGUUUAAAUUUGAUUUCAAAACGCUUAUUAAAAAAAAAGUCAUCCAAUGAUUUUUGAAAUUUUACCACGUCAAGCUAAGCCAAUAUAAGUAUUAUUACCAAGUUUCAAGUCUCUAUGUGUAUUUAUAACCGAAUUACAGCAAAAAACUCCCAAAAAUUUAAAUUCCUUAAAAGCUCAAAAAUGGCUCACAAGUUUUACAGUUGUAUUGAAUAAUAUGACACACAUAGAUACUAAAAUACGUUUUGACCAACUUUUAAAUUUUGUUUCAUUUCAUCCAUAUUACUAAGGUAGUCCAAAUAAAUAAAUAAUAACAUCUAAAAACCAAAUUUUGGGUGAUGACUUUCAAUAAGGGAUGGACCUCAAUAGUUAUAAACCUUCCCUAAGACUUGUCUGAUCCAUUAGUGUAAACCACAUCGAAAUCCAUUUAGCUGUAAAAAAAACUUUUAAAAAACUUAUACUAAUAUUUUAAACAUCUUUUUUCAUUUUUAUCAUUUAAAGGAAACUUAAAUGUUGGGAAUGGUAUCCAUACAUUUUUAAGUGCCUAAAUACUAAAAGACAAAAUUUAUGUACACUAGGUAGUAAAAAUUGAUUUUUUUUUUUUUCUGAAAUAGAGUAUAUUUCUAAUAAAUUUAUCAACAUAGAGCAAUCUACAGUUCACAAAUAAGCUUAGAUCGUUUACAUGCAUACUUUUAGUCCUAAAAAUAUUUAAGCAAUUGAGCAUGUGUAUUAAUAUAAAAGUUUUAUUAUAGCAUAGCUAAAAACUGCACAACUUUAAAUACUAUUGUUUAUUAUAAUGUAUUAAUAUGCUGAUGGGUCGCGUUUAUAACAUAUAUAUAUUGGAAUAUAAUGGACUGAAAUAUUAUGAUAAUUCAUUGAUGCUUUUUUUUUUCUACAACAUUUAUGCAUUAUCCAUAGAUAAUUACUAUAACUAUAGUAUUUACUAAACAUAUUUUAUAUGCAUAAUAAUAGUUAACAUGACUAAAAAUUAAAACCAAUUAUGCUCUGCCUUUUUUUUUUUCGAAGAAAACCGAAACUACCAUGAAACUUCAAACAAAUAGAUAAAAAAAAAAGUUCAUAGGGGGAUAUGACACUCUCAUCCCCCCGUGAGUACGCUCCUGCUGCUCAUGUUCUGUCAUCUUAUCACUCCGCCAUAACAAACUCUUUGAUAAGAUUACCUUCCAUUUCCAUUGUUUGUGACAAGACCCGCUUGAACGCCAAAAGCUUACCACCACGUGCUCAACUGCUACACUCAAGCCGGUAAAAGGGACCUUAUUAUAACCUACCGAAAUGAUGUCCCACGUGUACAAAAAUUGAGAUCAAAAAACUUCACUGCCUCCAACAGUCUUCAAGCAGAUUAAAUCGUACCAGCUCUGUUAAGACAUUUGGAUUUCACCAAAACUACCGUGGACUCCGUAGAAAAAUUCGUACCUUUAAUUGUAAUACAGCCCAGUUCAUCCAUGUAUUUAUUGUUCUCACCGAAACUUGGUUAAAUAAUAAUUUCUUUUUUAACGAGUUAGGCCUAUCCAUCUAUAAUAUUUUUAGGUGUGACAGGUCUCCCUCAACAGUCAUUGUGAACGUGGUGGUGGUGUGCUUAUUGGUAUUCGCAAAGAUAUUCCAUCGUCUAUCCUCUCCAUUCCUGACUCAUCUGUUGAGCACCUGCUUAUCCCGUUCACACUAGACUCGUUUUCUUUUAUUCUCCACACUGUCAUCUUUCCUCCUCUAGCUCUUCAAAUCAUAUAUGUCUCACCUUACUACACUUGAUUCUCUUAUUCAAAAACAUCCAUUUGCAAUUUUUAUCUUCUAUGCUAAUUAUAAUCUUCCAUCUAUUUCAUCGUCUAAUAAUGCAUACGUCUUUGCUAUUCCUUAUUUUCCUUUUCCCAACAGUACUGCGUCUCUGAGUACUUCUGUUUCCAUGGUUUCUUUCAGCUUAAUAAUAUCUUUAACUGUCACAGUUCACUCCUCAACUUGGUUCUUACUAAUUCAAACUUACUUACUAUUUGUCCUGCUCUUAAGUUCACCGUUCCAGCUGAUCCGUAUCACACCCCUCCUACUCUUAAUUUCUUUUAAAUAGAUCCUAACUCCACCUGCCCUCCUUUUGAUUUUGAUUUUUUGACUUUUAUAAAUCAGAUUAUUAAUCAAUCGCAUUUUUCCUCGACUUUUUUAACUGGAGAAAAAACAUUUCUUAUUUAUUCUGCUAAUGAUGCAAUUGCUAUCUUCCUAGACGCUAUUCAUUCCUCAAUUCUUUUUUAUUUUUCCAAAAUUACAAUUCAUAAACCAUCUUUCCUUAGCUGGUUCUCCCACGAGCUCAAAGUCCUCAUACACGAAAAAAAUCAGGUUCACGCAAAGUAUAAGAGGUCCGGCUCCUUAUCUCAUUAUUAGAGCCUAGAAUUGUAUGAAUUAAAAAUUAUCAAAUAUAUAUAUAAAAAGUUGCUAAAUACGCAUUUAUAUGCGUAUACCAAGUAUAAUAAAAUAUGUUUAAAAAAAUAAAAUACCAUUUUUACACCAAGAAUAGUAAUAAUUUAUUAUUUGAAAUAACAUAUCUUAAAACCUAACAAUAAACUUUUAAAAUAAUAAAACUAAAAUCAUAUGCUUUUUACCACACAAGAUUUUAAAAUAUAACGAUACAUUACACACGACAAGAAUGACAAACGAAUACAUUAGGGUGGUCCUUAGACUAUAGAUGAAGAAAUUUUUUUUUCAAUUUCUGAUUGGGCUGUCACUGAAAUUUGUUCAAACCCACAAAAAAAUGUAUUUUGUAAAGUUUCGUAAUAAUCGGUAAACCUUAAGGCGUGCCUCAAAAGGGUUGAAGUUCAAAUAAGGGUGAUUUUUAGAUUUUUGUAAUUUUAGUCUAAAAUUUUUAAGACAGACUAAAAAGUGUAAGAACAAUAUAUUUUUUAAAUUGUUUAUCCUACAAAAAAUGUUAUUUGUACAUUUUUCAUUUAACAACUCAUUCAUCUACAAAAUAACAAAAACUAAUUUUCAGUAUAUUUUACAUAGUAAUAGCUUGUACAAUAUAAUAUACUUUGUACUAAGAAAAUUUACAACAUAAUUGCAUAAACAACUUUAUAGUAGCUAUUAAAUAGUCCACUAAUAACAUGGUUAAAACGCAUGCUUCAUACAAAUGGAAAGCUGUGCAAUAUUAACUAUAUAUGUUCUAACAUGUCUGCCUAAACUAGCGCAGACAUGAUACCUACUCACGUUUUUGCGACGUUAACUAGGUAUUGUGACAACACGUAGUCUUCAAAUGUUAAACAUGUCUUUACAGGUUUAUUAUUCACUCGGUUUUAGACGUAUUAUUUAUUGUUUAUAUUAAUUCGAACAUUGUCGUCACAGCUCAGUUUAUAAUUGUCCACACACCAUCGACGAAUAGACUUUUUGAUUUUAAAAAUGGACAGUAAAAUCAAUAUAUUGAUAGAAAAAGGUAUUGAAGACAUUAAUAUUUGUACGGCUUUAUCACACGCAAAAAAUGAUGUACUUCAGUUUGUUCUCGACCAUUCAAAAAAAGAACAAUUUCGUGAAGAUUACAGGGAACUAUUAAAACUUACGAUUAUUUUUCUCGGAGGAACUCCACAUCGAGGAGUAUUCGACGUGAUUUUGCACAACAAAUCGAGGGUUAAUUUCGAAUAAAACUGUCCGAGUGAGCGCAGCAAAAUAUGGCGCGUUUGAACGUCUGUAAUUCUAAAACUAAGAGAGAUAGACUUAUUCUGACUUCAAUAAAAAAAACUUAUUUUAAUUAACAUUGAGCAUUAAGUAAUGAGAGCUAUGGACUUGAUAUAUCUAUAUAAGUAUAUAUUAUAUAACUGUACUCCGUAGUACAGAAAUCAAUGUUUAGCGGUUAACAGAUGAUAUGAGGUAGCAGUGCUAUCACCUUUAUAGGUAUAUUCUACCGAAAAACGGUUCUAACAAAAUAUUUUUCUAUCAAAAUAUUUUCGUACUUAAUAUUAUUCUAAUUAUAUAUUUUCGACCAAAAUAUUUGUACUAAUACUGUUCGGAUAAGAUAUUUUUCUUCUAAAAUACGGUUCGAUGUGAAUAUUUUUCGGAUUAUUUAUUUUUACAGUUUUAUUUUCCUGAUAUUUUAUUAAAAAUAUUAGAAUGAUAAAAUAUGAUUCUAACAAAAUAUGUUCGUGCUUUAUACACGUCCCCCCUGUAAUAAACGCUUAAAUCAAAUUUGUUGGGCAUUUUUAUAAAAACCCUUAUCUAAUGCUGAAUACACUUAUGGUACCACAUGGUUGGUAACCUCGUCUCAAUGACUCAUCUGGUGGGUGGUGACUAUCAUCAUGAUGACAUGAUGCUGAGACUCCAUUUUGUUGAAUUUAUCAAAAAAACGUGUUAUUACCGUCGUCUUAUAGUAGUGUUUUAUGGCUCGUGAAGUUGAUGUUCUUUUUUUCUAAUAUUUACUUAUUGAAUCGUGCAUUUCUUAGCAUAACCUUACAUUAUUAUUCAUUUCAAGUAUAUUAAAACUUUAAAAUUAAUCAAAUCUCAGGUAAAUUAUUUUAAUUAAACUUAUUUCUAUUAAGUGCAUGCACCUUUGUUACUAUUCUUACUUACUUGACCUCUUCAAGUUAGUCAGUGUAUUAUUUUCCUUUUUGAAUUCAGCAGCUGAUUAGGGAGCAGUUUAAUUUACUGAUCAGACUAAAUUCCCCAACUCGAACCACUCAUACCAUGACCAUAAUACAAUUAGGAGGACAAAUCUAUAGAUACCUAUCCCAUUAAAUGUUAUAUACAAAAUCUAAUCUCACAUUCUUAUUACUUCCCUUCGGGAGAGUACAAUUUAAUAUAGGAAAUAUCGAUUUGUAUUCCAACCAAGAUAGAAUUUGGAGGACAUAUCUGUAGGUAUCUUAUCGCGUACAAUAGUAAUUUAUACUUAUUGAAUAGGCAAUUAAUAAUAAUAUUAUUUUUAUAUUAUGCACAUAAUAAAUGUGUACCUGCACUCAUUGAUACCUACAGCCAGGCUUGAUAUUUCGGGAAUGGUAGUAUGCCACUAAUAAAUGGUAAAUAUACAAUUUAAAACAGUCAUUGUUUUCAAAUAUAUAUUUCUAUAGUAAAAAUAUAGUUUGAAUAUAAUACUAAUAAAAUGUUCUUAUUAAUGUAUACUUACAUAUUUUUCUAUAAUCAUUUUAUUUGUUUAAAUUUACGAGUUAUUUUUGUCUAUAGCUAUUUAAAGCUAUUUAAUUAUGGUUUUAUUAUGGUUCAAUGCUCUAGUGCUUUGAUAAAAUCUAACCUUACCAAAUUGUAAAUAAACCUAAAUUUAAAAUAAAUGUUUGUGUACCUAUUAUUUGAUGGAUAUACAAAAUAUAUACCAAUUGAUUCAUAAAGAAUAAGUUCGAAAUUAAAUACGACAAUAGUUUGAUCUUAAUCUAUUCGUAAACCUCAAUAGUUCACAUGAAAAUAUUAUAAUAUACCUGUAUUAUAAUAUAGGUAUUAGUAUUGAAAGAAAUUUCUUAAUAUGUCCAUGAUCAGUAAAUAUAUUUUUUUAUUUUUUUAUUAGUAGCCGGAAACUAUGCAACAGUUAUAGCUACACGAAACUAGGGAAAUAAUAAUAUAGUAAUAUACCAUAGUAAAUAAAUAAAUUUAUAAAUAAUUGGCUCAAGUUCUUAUUAUAAUCUUAAUACAUUUAUAAUUAUCAGUAUAAAAAUGUAAUUUUUUGACAUUCAUGAAUUAUACUACUAAUUCCCUACCUAUGUGAAAUAUAAUUAUAAUUUUAUAAAAAAGGAAUGAAUAACAUUUUUUUUUAUAUGGUUAUUAAGCUUAAUAAUCUGAGUAUUAAUAUUAUUUUAGUACCUACCUAUAUUAUAUGUUAGGUAACAAUUGAAAUAAAUGUAUUACAAUAUUACAUUAUAUACAAAUUUGAGUUAUAAAUUUAUUAAAUAAAAGUAUAUACAAUCAAUAAAACAUACAAAUUAUUAUUAUUUUGUUUGGUUUUUAUACUAUUUAAAUGAUACUUGCAGUGUUAUCCAAUUCUGCAUUAAGUAUAUACCUAGUCAACAUACGAUUACACGAUUUUGAGUUAUGUAGCAACAAACCAUUGCAAUUCUCAUUGCAAUUAAUUGAUAUUUCCUAUAAUUUUUUUGAAAUCUUUAUACAUUAGCUUUGCAUCUAUCAUUCUAUUUUUGGAUGCAUAUAUGAGAUUUCGAAAGUAAAGUUCCUGUAAAAUCCCGUAAGGCUAUGCUACAGAAUGUGAAUAAUUUAUUGUUUGUUGUUGGUUCAUUUAUCAAUACUUACUGACUACUGCCUACUGACUAUACAUGAGUAUUGUUUCAUAAUGUAUAAAAAUCGAGUUUACUAAUUUUCAAAUUAAUAAUACUUAUAGUACAUAAAUAUUUAAAUAAACAAUACAUUUAUCAAUGAAUCAGUCGCAUUUUACAUUUUGACUGUGAUAUACCUGAUAAUGAAUUUUUAAUUCAAAACCAGUCAUGUAAUACACUUAUCAUAAUACUCCAAGCCAUUCAUUAAUUAUUGUAUUAUUAUUUAUUUAUUUAUUUACGAGUAUUAACCAUUAAAAUAAUUUUGUUUUUGCUUUAUUUUAUUAAAAAUACUUAUAUACAUUCAUAUAAGUUAUCAUUAUUGUGGAUGAUCAAUUUUUGUAUAACUAGGUACCUAAUAUUAUAUUAAACUUGUAUUGUUAUUUUUUAUGAAAAUGUUUAAUGUAGGUAUUUUUUUUUCCUGUAGAAAACCAAUAUGGCCAAGAAGAAAGGCUCUAAAAGGUAACCUUUUAAUUAAUAUUAACUUAAACUUACUAAUAAGUAAUUAUCUACUCUAUAAAACUAUUACAUUUCAAAUUUAUUAUGAUUUAUAGUUUUCUUUGAAUCAAGUCUAUAUCUAUAUUUGAUUUUAUAAAAUAUUGAUUCCUGUGUAGUGAAAUAAAUUAUAUAUUUAUAUUUAAUUUCAGAACCAUUUUUAAACCAUUUGAGGAGAAGAAUAUACCACAUAUCACCCAUGAAAGGUUUGUAAAUUACCAUUUUUAUAUUGUUUUUGUUUGAAGAAUGCCAUAUAAACUAUUGGAUCCUAAAUAAAAUAAAAUUAAAAAAAAUCUAUACCUCUCUUAAUAUAAAAUAUUUUAUGCUUUUUAUUAUUUUGACAUUUUUUGUAGUAAUUGCUUGAAACAUAAAUAUAUAAAUGGCUGUUCUUUAUUUUAAAGUUGAAAAGUAUUUCAAAAAAUUAAUUUAGAUAACAUACAAUUAAGUGAAAAAUUGUAUUUUAUUUUUUUAUUAAGUUUCUAUGAAUGAUUUAGAUGUAUCUACAGUCUACAAUACUCUGAAUAUUUUUAAAUUAUUAUUAUUAUUUAUUUAGUUAAAUAAAAGUAUUUUUAGAAUAUUUUAAUUCAUUGUGUUUGGAAUUACCUUAUCUUGUAUAGUUUGUUCAAUAAAUCUGUGUGUCUAUAUAUAGGAAUGAUUCAAAAACUUCAAAUGAUUACAUUGUGAAUGAAACAAUAAAGAAAGAGUAGGUAAUACUUAACAAAAUUAAUAAUGAAUAUUUUUUCUUAUCGGGUAAUAGUUUCAUUAUCUUCUUUUUUUUUUUUUUUGGAAAGAAAGACCAUGGACUAUUGGGUUCAUAAAUGAUUUAAUUGUAUAUAGACAUUAAUUACAUUACAUUACUUAUGUUCAUUUAUUCUUAUUGUAUAGUAGGUUUUUAGAUUCUGAUUUGGAGUUUAGCAGCUUUGAUGCAUUUGAUGGUGUUGAGUGUUAAUUGGGGAUGAUUGUCAAGUAUUUGAGCUUAUGAUUUAGGCAGGUUGAAGCUUGUUCUGAUGUUGAUGAAUGUUCAGCAUUCAGUGAAAAUGUGUUUGAUGGUAACUUGGACACUGUAAGCUGAGCAUAUUGGGCAAUCUCCCUUGGCCAUUAAGAAACUGUGGGAGAUUUAAUUGUGUCCAAUUUUGAGUUAAAAUAAUUUCCAAUUUUCUGGGUAUUUUGAUAGGAAAAGUCCAAUUUUAAGUGUUAUGUUUGAUGUGAUUAAGCUUUGUGGAGUAAGAUGUCCAUUUCUGGUGCCAUCUUAGUUGGCAUUUAUUUAUUAUCAGCCUUUGUAUGUCCCUGAAUUAGAUAAUUUGUGUGAACAAAUAUAGCCGAUUUCAUUAUCUUUAUUGUUUUAAUUUAGUUUGUCAAAAUUAUUUAUGAUUAAUUUUUUUUUUAAUUUGCAAACAUUUUUAAAACAUGAAAACUAAUUAUUUUUAUUAUUACAUAGAGCUAAAUCUGGAAGUAAUGAAAUACAACAUAAAGAUAAUCAAAUAAAUUCACAACAAAACAAUAUUGUAUUGGAUUCUCAACAUUUUCCUAGUUUAGUUGUGAAGAAGCAGAAGGACCAAGCUAUACAUUAAACUACUCAGAGGUAAUUUGAAAUACCUAUUAUAUUUGUUUGGUUUAAAUAUUAUAAUAAUGUAUUGUUCUGAUAUAAUUUUAAUUUAUUACUUCAGUAUUAUUUCGAGAAAAACUAGGUAUACAACUGUUAUAAAUACUGGUUAAUUUUUUUCCAGACUUUACUAUGUGAAUUGUGUAUGUAAUAUCUUAUUUUAAUUUUUGAUCACAAAAAUAAUGUCAGAGGCUACAUUAAAAUCAGAUUUCUACAUUAUAUUAUAUUUAUUAUUUAACUUUGGUUAUUAAUUUUGAUAAUGUUAGAUAUUUUUCUGGAUUUAAUUAAAAUUUAUUUAUUUUUGAUUUUAUUAUCAAUUAUAAAGUGAAUAAUCUCUCUAUAAUUAAAAUAUAAUACCUACUCAAUCCUAUACUCUUGUAUAGACCAAUACUUUAGGAAUAGGUAUAUAAUGUUGAUUUCGUAUGUUUUGAAUUUAAAUUUAAAAAUAUUUAAAUUUUCUCUAGACAAGGUAUGAAUUGGCCUUUUAAUACAAAUAUGCAUAGAGAACAAAAUAAUAAAAAAUACAGAUGUUAUGACACUGAUUUAGCCAAAAAUGUCUACAAAGCAAAUCUUUCCAAAUUGGAUAAAAAAUGAAAUUUAAUUUUAUCAAGUACAAUUAUUAUAGUUACCUCUGACAUACUGUUUCGAAUAUAUUUUUUUAUUCUUAUAAUGCUAGAAAACAUUCAUUCUGGUAUGCUUGUAGAAACGAAAGUGCGCAUAGUAUUUUAAAAAUUAAUUGUACAUUAGGAAAAACAUCACUAUUUUAGUCUUUUAAUAAUUCAAUACUAGUUUUGGAAUAUUGUUCGUUUAAGUUUUGUCUUUCACAAUUUCAAUUCAACAAUUGACUUAUUCACAUUCGAAGUAGGUGAAUAAAAUUCUAGUCGUUUUCUAAAUAGUACUUAACCAUUAGAGGUUAAAGUAAUAGAAAACAAACUUUAAAAUCCUAUAAAAUAUGGAAUAAAUAAUUAAAGUUUGAAUUUUAAUAAUAUAUAUAGAUACAAAUCUUUUAUCUAAGUAAUUCAUUUUUAAUGUUAUAGUACUAUAAAUUUCAAUUAAAAAUAAUAAUUUAACAUACCUUUAAAAAUUUCAGCAUGGGUUGAAAAUCUCUCUUCUAGUGGUUUUAUAAAAAUUCUAGGCAAGGUAUAAAUAUUGAUACUAGUAAAAAUGAUACUAGUUGUCUUAACAAUUAAACUAGAACAUGGAUUUGCUUGAUUUACUUUUAAUUUAAUCUUUUAGGUACUUCUUAACUUUAAAAAGAUAAUAUUAGUAUAAAUCACUUUAAAUAUUUGUAUUAAUAAUUAUGUAAUGGUAAUUAUAACUAUUUAUGAAAGUAAAAAUACUUUUUAUUAUAUUUCAUAUAUGACUUACCUAUAGGUAAAACAUUAAAAAUAAAAUGUACUUAAUUUUAUAUUAAAAUAACUUUUUAAUGAAAAAAUGUAAAAUAGGAAGUAUCAAAAACUCUUGAUUUCACAAAUUAAACAACUAUUUUAAUUUAUUUUAUGUUAUGCAUUAUUUGAUUUUUGUUACACCAAGUCCUGAAUGUUUUAGACAUUUUAUUUUAAUGUUAAGUAUACUUAAAUACUUACAAUGUAUUUUAUUUGUAUAUUUUAAUGAUCUCUAAAAGAAAUUAACCCCUAAAGAACUAAACAGCUCAAUAACUAGUACAAUUAUUCUUUCAUAUAUUUUAUACUUUGUUUUAUUUUGAAAAUUAGAUUAUCUUUAUUUAAGUAUGUUUCAAACUAAGUUUACUAUAACAUUUUAUUUAAGCAUUUUUGAUAAUUUUGAUGGGGUUCUUUUCAAUUUACCUAAAGAAUAUUAUCUUGCUCAUUGUAUAGCUGAGGAUUUAAAACUGAAAAAAAGAUUUUGCAGUCAAUUUUGCUUCGACUUAUAAUGAUAGCACUGUUUUUGAAAGGAAAUCUGACUAAGUAGGUACUUUACAGGGUCAUUUUUUGAUUUAUUCCAAGCUGUUUUCAUGAUAAAUAGGAAAAAGAGGCUAUAAGUACAAUAUUAAAUAAAUAUUAUUAAAGAAAAUAUGUAAUUAAUGUAUAAUUAUUUUACCUUUUUUUAAUUAUUAGUAUACCUAUUUUUAAAUUAUUUUAAACUAGCUCACCUAUUUAUUUCAUAAUAAGGACUUAAACUAUUAACUUUUAAAAUUUAAUUUAUUUAAAUUUUUUUCAGUUUAGUAAAUUUAUAAAAACAAUUUUAUUUUUUUGAACUGUUAUGUUAUGGUAUGCCACAAUAUUAUAAUAAGAAUAAAAUAUUGAUGUAUAUCAUUGUAUAUCAAUAAUUUUGAAAUGAUAUAGAGAAGAAUAAUUUCUGCUGCAAAAAAUAUAAUAUUAAUGGUGUUUUUUAAGAAGGGGCGUAUGCUAUAAAAAUCGAAAAAGGGGGUUUUUGGUAUCAACAAUUUUUCAGAAAAAAUAUACUGUUGUUAUAUGGGACACUUCUACGACCAGUAGGAGGAACUGAAAGGGUUCAAUGUACAUUUUUAAGUUUUAUUGCUUGGGUGUUUUAUAUUUACUACAAACCUCAUAAUUAUGAAUCAGUGCUAAACCUAAAUGUAAAACCUAAAGCUUUAGAACUAUCAUCCUAGCCAACAAACAUGUUAUCCUAACCAGUUAUUCCUAAGAAAAUUCAUAGAUAGUUCUAUUACUGAAAUACUGAGUUAACUCUAUUUCAGCAGCCGUAGGCUCCAUUCACAAUCCCCUUUUCUUUUUUCCAUACCCAUUCAUACCAUCAAUCAUUCCUAUAAUAGGACAAUGUUUAGGUUGAUGAAAUGAUCUCUAAUGAAUGUCUAUCUCCUUUCUGUUAAUAUGUUUAUUUUGUUUGUAAUCAAUGCAAGUCUGAAAAAUGCUUGUAGAUUUUACUAUUAUGUAUACAGUAUAUACAGGGUGAUUCAUUAGGCAUGCUCACCCCAUUUUUUUGGUCAAAUUUUGCAUACAUUAAAAUUCUGAUUUUUGGAAUUUUUUAGUUUAAAACGAGAUAUUUCAUUUUUAAGUUUAGUUAGUGGAAUGUUCCACUACUCUUUAGGGGUUAGCACACUUAGUGAAUCACCCUGUAUAUAUAUAUUUAUAUUAUUCUGUACUCCUGGCUGUUAUUAGAAAUAAAAUAAAUUAAAAGACUAUUAAACAUUAACUCUAUUUUAUUAUAGAUUGUUGUAUGAUAUCAAAAACAAGGAACUAAAUCCUGGUGAUAUAACAUACUAUCAUGUUAGAGGUGAAACAAUUAUUUUUGCGUUUUUAAAAAUGAAUUCAUUCAGUCAUAUAGAAAGUGCAUUCAAUAAAAUAAACCGGUUAUCUAAGAAAUAUACUAUAUGGCUAUACAAACUGGCCCAAUGAUCAACCUUGUGAAAUUGAAUGUAUUGUUUUAUUGUAUCGUUCAAUUUUUAAAAAUUCUGAACUGUGGUUAUGUGGUGAAACUGACAAAACAGUACCUCGCAUUAUGAUCAGUAUUGCAGACAAAUUUAAUGAUUCUUUAGACUAAAACACUAUGGAUAUAAGAAUACAAAUAAAUAAUGUAUUUUAUCAUAUAGGCAUAUUUUAUUUUAAACAAUUUAUAUAUAUAAAUACAUAGCUAUUUUGUGAAUUUAAAUAAAGCAAAGUACUAUUUAUUGUGACUAUUAUUGAUCUUCUUAGCUUUUUAAAAGCUUUUAAAUUCAUUUUAACAACCAAAUUCCUCCAUAUUUAUCUCUUAUUAUUCUCCAACAGUUGUUGCCAUACAUUUUUUAAGUAUCCAUUAAAACAUUUGUGAUCUAAUCUUAACCAUUGCAAAUGAAUCUAUUCCCUGUUCUCUUAGAAUUCAGAAUCUAGAAUUAAUGUACAGCAAUUGAAAUAACCAAAAAUUAUAAAACAUGUUUAAUUAUAUAGUUAAGUUAAUAGGCAUAUUGAAUAUUAAACAAUAUAAUGGAGAAAUAAUUAAAAAUUAAGCAAUUAAUAAUUUAAUUUAAUUUAUAAGAACUAAAAAAAUAUGAUGCUUUAAAUAACCAAUAAAUAUUAAUUAAAAUGGUGUGAACCAUUAUGUCAAAAAGCAUAAUUACUAUCACUGGAGAAAUUUAAUCAUUAAUACUAAUUGAAUUUUUACUUCUCCUUUCAUAAUGGAAUGGUUUAAAACAUGACCAGUAUUUUUUUUGGACGUUCACAACCCUCUUUAAAGUGUUUUGUGCAUGUUUACAAAUUGGGUAUUCUAAGUCUAAAGGAGGUAGUGGAUCUCCAAGUAAGGCUUUUGUGCACAUAGUCAUACAAUAUGAAACUGCAUCUAUGUUAUAGCCACCUUCUAAGGCAAGUAUGACUUUUCCAUUGGCCAACGAUGACAGACAAUGAGUGAGGUGUCCAUAACAUUCAGGUGUUACUUUGCAACCUGGAAAAAAAUGGUUAGGAAACUGUAUUCAAAAUUAAUACUAUAUUUUGAUUUGAGUCAAAUUUAACCUAUAUUAAAAAUAUUAAGUACAUAUAAAACAUAAAAGGGAACAUUUUUUUAUCUAUUGAUCAGUUUUGCAGCAUUUUAUUCUAGUAAUCUAAAAUAUUCUAAAUAUCAAAGACAACAUUAUUCAAAUUUUGUGUAAAUUAGAAAUUUAUUUUAUGCAUCAUAUAUUUAUUUACAUAAAUACUAGUUUAUAUUGUUUUAAUGUACUAAUAGAAGUACAAAUAAACAAAUUGAUUCUACAAUAUUUAUUGUAAUUUAAUAUUAUACAACUAGAAAUAGAUAGUAUGAGACUUUGUUUUAUCAUUUUAAUAACAUAUAUAUAAUUUUUUUUUUUUAAAUAAUCAUGAAAUCAUCUAAGCUUUAUUUUAACAAUAAUUUAAAUUGUUUACUCUACUCAUGAUAUAUAAACUGAAUAUACACUUGAUUUUAAAGAUUCCAGUUUAUACUAGAUGAACAUCAUUAAGUAACAACCGACUAUAUUCUCAGUGUAUAACUUAAAACGAAGUUUAAAUUAAAAAAAAGCUAUGGACAUACAUGAUGGUUGAGCUACUGUUAUAGGUGAGAAGUUGAGAAGGUAGAACGUAGAGGGUAACUUAAUGUAUAUCUGUAGGCAAAAAUUAUUCUUUGCUCAUAAAAAACGAUUCUGAGCCGAGUUCAAUUGUAAAAAGGCCAUAAUAAGUAAUAUUUUCAUUAAAAUUUUAAUAAUAAAAAAAAAAUAUUACAUUAAAAUUAAUUUUUUCUUGUUGACCACUAAGUACAACUUAUAAUGAACAUGUUAAAUUGGCAAGCAUUUUCGUUAGGUCUAAUAAUUUUAUCCAUAGAGUAUCUAGUAAAAAUUAUGUACAAAACUCAUAAAAUUAAAAUGCCUAUAAAUAGGUUAAAAAUAGCUCAAGUGUUUUGAAAUUUUAAUCACAUCUAUAAAAGGCAAAUAUAAAUUCCCUGUCCAAAUUUCAAGUCUCUAUAAACAUUUUUAACCGAAUUGCAAAAAAAAAAAAAAUUUAAAAAAUAAUAAAAGCAUUAUUUAUGUAUAUUUUUCCAGAUGAUAUGAAAACCACUUGGAAAACUGAAAAAAUGACCAGCCUAAAGUACUAUCUAGACAAAAUUUCCUUUCAAAAAAUGUGGCGCAAUUACAUAUCAAAUCAAGAUUUCUGAUAGAAAUGUUUAAUAUAAAUGCUUAAAUAAACAUCAUUGUAUUACAUUC